UACUCUCCCUCCGAUAGUCGUGCCGAGCCGACGUUCGCCACCACCGCUGCCGCGCCGCUACCCUACCACCGAUUUCGAGCAAGCAACUCCCUCGGUUUCUACCUCCUCGCCCCCUUUAGCCUUCCGGCGGGCAUCCACCCGUGCGCGUUACCAGCCAGCAGCGAUCCCCACGGCCACGACCGAGAACCGAGACCGAACGAGAGUCGUCGGCUCUCCGCCAGUCAGCUAUCCGACUCGCCGCCACGCCACGCCACGCCACGCCGCGCGCUGCGUGUGUUUUUUCGAAAUCGUGUCGCCCAAAAACGUCUGUGAAACAGAACCUAUCCAGCCGUCCCUUUCUCCACGCGAGGUGGUCCGCAAAGUAGAUACUUGUGCGCGCCUGUGUUCCCGUGCGCGGCUUGCUACCACACUAUUCCCCGCAGGUCCUCUUGUUUACCCCUCUCGUGGCGGUGUGCUCUCUCGACAGUGGGACGAAUCGUCGUCGAACAGAGAUCGAGAACAGAGAAAAAAAAGAAACGUUUGACGUUUGGCGCAAUCGACUGUAACCGGGAGUGAGACCAAAGGAAAAGGGAGCCGUGUCCAGUUGCAUGUUAUCCAGGAGGAGAAGGAAGUAAAAGAACGCUGGCCGGAGGGCGCGGAGGCGGGUGACACGCAUGUACGCUACGCACCGCGCUUUACACAGCACCCACACAAACACACAUACAUACACCAGUGACGCGCAGCGGAGGAAGUUCGCAGAGCGACGCACGUCGCCGGCCUUGUGUGGUGAUCGUCCUCGUGGUUACCUUCGACGUCCUUGUACCUCGUGUGGCACGUGUGCGUGCGGCGGCGUAGGACACCCAUUGGUCAGCCACGCAUAUGGAUCAUAGAUGAACCGUCCUAUUCAAGUGAAGCCGGCGGACAGUGAAAACCGCGGAGAGUGCAUGAUGGACGACGGGAGCACCAGUGCCAUCUUCUGGAAGUAGGAGGCACCGGUGGCGGCCGCUGAAGACAGAAAGCUGUUCGUGGGAAUGCUCAGCAAGCAACAAACCGAAGACGAUGUCAGAAAGUUGUUCACUGCCUUUGGCACAAUAGAGGAGUGUACCAUCCUCCGAGGACCUGACGGCAGUAGCAGAGGCUGUGCAUUCGUGAAACUUUCGUCACAUCAAGAAGCGCUAGCGGCAAUCAAUUCCUUACACGGUAGCCAAACUAUGCUGGGUGCGUCAUCCAGCUUAGUGGUAAAAUUUGCAGAUACUGAGAAAGAGAGACAACUAAGACGCAUGCAGCAAAUGGCCGGGAACAUGGGCCUCCUUCACCCUUUUGUCUUCAACCAGUUCGGCGCUUACGGCGCUUAUGCUCAGCAGCAAGCGGCUCUCAUGGCUGCUGCGACAGCACAGGGGACGUACAUCAACCCGAUGGCGGCGUUAGCCACCGGACAAUUGCCGCACGCGUUAAAUGGCAUACCGAACCCCGUGGUCCCGCCGACUUCCGGUUUGCUCGUAGGUACCGGUACAGGGCAGCCGGUUAACGGUGCGAUACCGUCGUUACCGUCGCCAACGAUGCCCAAUUUCAACAUGGCUGCACAAACACCUAACGCUGCAACGGCAGGUUCGGCGGAUCCAGGUGUCUACACCAACGGGAUACCGCAGACCUACCCGGGACAUGCCCUCCAUCUGUCCAUUUCAGCACAAGGGCUGCCCAACGGGGAGGCGGCACUCCAGCAUGCCGCCGCGUAUCCCGGAAUGCAAGCCUACUCCGGUGUCGCUUAUCCUGCCGUCUACAGCCAGUUUCCUCAAGCUAUUCCACAGCCGAUGACCGCCGUGGCGCCGACGCAGAGAGAAGGAUGCUCUCUCUCAGGACCCGAGGGCUGCAACCUGUUCAUCUAUCACCUGCCUCAAGAGUUUGGGGACACUGAGCUCAUGCAGACGUUCAUCCCUUUUGGCAACGUCAUAUCCUCCAAGGUUUUCAUCGACCGGGCCACCAACCAGAGUAAAUGUUUCGGUUUCGUGUCGUUCGACAAUCCAGGGAGCGCGCAGCAGGCAAUUCAAUCAAUGAAUGGCUUCCAGAUAGGGAUGAAACGUUUAAAAGUCCAGUUAAAGAGGCCCAAGGACGCAAGCCGGCCAUACUAACCAAAGUCCUAGCUUAGAGAAACUGGACGAUAUGCACCGUACAUCAUAACUUACAGAAUGUCGUACAAGAACACGGGCUCAUUGAACGCUCGACGAUCAGAAGUGACGAGUUUGAAUCGCCGUUACAACGCUCUCCACUAUAAUAACCUAGUACACUAGUUAGACAAUUAAUUAGAGGAUAAAAAUUAGGAGUCAGAGUAAAGCGACUUCGCCUGCAGUCACACGGCGAGAACGAAGAGGCUGAUGCUAGAACAUCGGAUGUCCAGAGCUGAACUCAGUACGAAAGAUACCAAGAAACGAGUACGAUGCACGCUUCCACGCUCUCGAAUGUUCAGACGAACCGGAUUGUUCCCUAGGAACGGUGUCGCUAUCUUCGCGGUCCUAUUCGCGGCCAGGAUAUCCCAUAAUCCCCCGCUGACCCUUUCUACGCCCUUGUCCCCCCUCAUUCUCGAAGCGUACUGCCAAAUAUGAACAGUAUCGAACGAAUGGCCCCCCAUCUACAAACCUAGAAGAAAAACGUCCUAGCGCGCGACUCCGAGGUCUGAUCAUUCGUGAAGCCUAGCCGAGAGCCUGUUGUCUCUCGUUCAGAUUAUCAUUCCGAUGACACGUUAAGUCCUAGUUUAAUAUAAUUGUAUAACGUUCAAGACGGGUGACCUUCCACUAAUCACUGAUGAAGAACACUCUUAGUUCCUGAGAACAGCGGCGCGGCCGUUGAAAAGUUAACUAUUACGGUCCGAGUUAGAGCUGAUGGGGCAAUAGCUCUUCGGACCCGUGGGAAAAAGAAAAACGAAUUCAGUUUACGGGCAACUUCGCUGAGCUUUCAUUUCCGAAUCAUAGGAAGCAAACCAACGUUGACUCUAGUAGAAUUCCACGCAGCUUUAGGGUCUAGGUACGCGCGAUCGCUGUUACGCGAUAUUCGACAUAGAGCGACGUCAUUAGGAUCGUCGUCCAGGGUCGGGCGGCCUUCUGGUCAAAGCCGACGACGCGCAGUAUUCGCAGUCUCUCCUAACGCAAACUUGUCAAUCACAUAUACAGGGUGCUCGUCUUACGCAACGUCUAAAAAUGGAAAAAGAGAAAACUUUCUAAAACGAACGAAACUACGUAUGAGAACAAUGAAAACACGUUCUACCUGCAUACACUUACGGAAUCGGGCGCUCCCGCGCACGAUUUGUAGUCACACAAUAUACGUACUCAUGUGACAACAUGGAAUCAGUGCCGAACCGACGUUCGUGGGUUAUCGGUUCUUCUUACUUAUAUAUAUUCUUAUAUAUUACUUAUAUAUUCUUUUUUUAUAUAUGAUAUUUAAAAAAGAAUCGCCAGUGCCGUGUCAAAGCGAAGUUAUCUUGAAGUCCGGUCGUCCACGUCACAGCGCUCGUUUUCCAUGUAUAGAAUCUUGUAUUAUUAUGGUUGCCCCUCAUAUUGCCAUCGCCAUCUCGUCAUUACGAUUACGAUCACGAUAAUCGAUCGCCCGUUCGUCGCUAACGCGUGAAGUCAGCGUGCGAUUAUGCCGGCCGUUGGUUUCAUUUCGAAACGAAGGAUCAUCGAACCAGGAUCGCGACGCUUCGCGAUCGAUUGGGGAUCGGGGUCCCGUUGUUGCUUCCCGGUCUCCGUGGCUCGAUCACCCAUCAAAAUCGUUCACGUUUUAAUUGACUAGACACGCAUCGCCCGAGAAAUGUCAAUUAGGCUGUGAUUAUCCAAACAAACGAACACGGGGGUAGGAAGAAGGCGAAAAUGCCGGCGACAUUGGUAAAGAGUCCUUCUUAACGCGCGAAGAAGCGGAUGAUCAUCUGGGACCGGUUCGGUGCAUAUAUCAUUUGCUUUCCUAGAACUUUGCUUGCCUAGUCGGAGAGUCUAGUCAUUUUUUGUACAUUACUUGCCGAGUAUUCUAACGUAUUUAUUUAUUUGUUGUUCCGUUUCGCGAAUCGCGCGGAUGCAAGAAAACGCUUUCAUCGAUUAAGUAGCGAUUCGAAGUCGAAGUACUUGAACAUUACACGGGGACAAUUGAAUUCUAGUCGAAGGAAAUGCGAUUUUCUCUUUCGGUGUCAACUUACGAUUAACUGUUUAUUUAUUGUUCGAACGUUCUCGCGGGUUUCUCGAAUUAUACUCGCGAGUUUACUGUUGCGAGCGUUACGAUCUAGUCGUCUGCCAGCGAGCAGCUUAUACGUUUAAGUGUAUUGUUCCUUGUUUGUUUUUGUUGACUUGUUCGUGCAAUAGAGGUCUAGAGGGGACCGCCGAGAUCCCAUCCAGAGCAAACAGAUGCAAGCCGAGCGAAACGCAUUUCGCGCUUUAACUGGCACGAGAUCACGGAAUUUUUGCCUGCCGCUCGAAUGGCGAAUAGUGCUCACCCGAUGAUCGAGCGCUUUUCCUUAGCACGAUAAAUAAAACAUUCAGACAUUUAACGAGCGGUGCCCUGUCGAAUCACGUAGUUUCGAUGCGAGUGACGAUCGCGGACAAAAGUCGGAUAUAAAUGGGACAGCGCUGAAAAGAGAGAAAGAGAAAUAGAUGAAGAGAGGAAGUUAGAGAUGUAGGGGGGAUGAAUGGGGGUUAUUAAAUGAAAAAAAA